GGUCUCGUGCGUGGUGGACAAACGACACCACAGCUGGCGGGUGUGACCGGGGUGGAUGGGAGAGAGAGGAUGGGACUCACGACCAUGAUUGCGCUGGGUUUUGUUUAGCGAUAUAAAAGAGAAAAGAUGAGGCUUGUUUAGGUGGUGGGUGUUGAUCGGCUCGGUGCGUUGUUGCUAUGGGCGGGCAAAUGUGUCAAGUGGGUGACGACGGACGGGGAAUGUGACGAAGCGAUGGAUGGAUGGGUGACGACGGACUAGCACAUGAGGGUGUUGUGGGAUGCCGGAGUUGAGCUUGUGGUUGUUGUGGGCGACCGGAGAAGGCACGUGCGAGAAAUGGGGAUAUCACGUGGGGAUGGAACUGACAACUCGGGCAAACACGACAAACUCGAAAAAUGAACAAAACACGACAAACACGACAAACACGACAAACACGACAAACGGGGCAAACACGACAAACACAAAACAGCACUCCUAGCAACACUCACCCACCGUACACCAACACUGUGCGAUUACGGAAGACCUCAAUGGUUAAAACGGCCGCACGGCCCGAUUGAACAUCCGAUUUCGCGGCCAAUCAGCUUGACACGUUCCGGUGUUUGUGGUGAUUUUAGUGUUGGAUUUUGGGUGGUUUUGAGUGGUUUUUUGGGGUGGUUUUAGGUGGUUUUGGCUGGGGUUGGGAGAGAGCUAUGCUGUGCUGUGCUGUCAGAGAUUUGGAGAUUCUGACUGAAAGUUGCGCCGUCAAAUUUUUGUUACGUUAGAGCGAAUUGCCCACCUACGAAUUAAUUGCCUACCAGGAAUUGCCCACCGCCUUCUGGGAGACAACUUCCAUCGUCAACGUCAGCGUCAACUUUCUUCGCCCCUCUCUUUCUCUAUCUUCUCUCUCUAUACAACAACUACAACUAUCGCACCAGAACACCACAAAAAAAGGUCUAUCGUCAUAUCUUCCCUUCUGUCAAUCAAAGGUCAAAUACAUCUCCAACCGCUCCGACCUUCGUCUUCUCUCCUCUCCUCUCCAAACCAAAAACCCUCAUCCAAACUCGAAUAAACUUCUCCCCCCCACUUACCUACCCCUCCCCUCAAAUCCUUCACAAUGGCCACGGCUUUGGAGCACCUCUCCAACCACACCAAGAUCGCCUGGCUGAGCGGCCUCGACACCGAGUUCAAGCCCACCAAGAACUACCGCCGCACCUCCAUCAUCUGCACCAUCGGUCCCAAGACCAACUCCGUCGAUGCCAUCAACAAGCUCCGCAAGGCCGGCCUCAAUGUCGUCCGCAUGAACUUCUCCCACGGCUCAUACGAGUACCACCAGUCCGUCAUCGACAACGCCCGCGAGGCUGAGAAGGUCCAACCCGGUCGUCCCAUUGCCAUUGCUCUCGAUACCAAGGGACCGGAGAUCCGCACAGGAAACACAAUCGGUGAUGCGGAUCUGCCCAUCUCCGCGGGUGAUGAGAUCAACAUCACCACCGACGACAAAUAUGCCGCCGCCUCUGAUACCACGAACAUGUACGUCGACUACAAGAACAUCACCAAGGUGAUCGCGCCCGGCCGCAUCAUCUACGUCGAUGACGGCGUGCUCGCCUUCGACGUCCUCGAGAUCAUCGAUGACAAGACCAUCCGCGCGCGCGCCCGCAACAACGGCAAGAUCUCCUCCAAGAAGGGCGUCAACCUGCCCAACACCGACGUCGACCUCCCCGCCCUCUCCGACAAGGACAAGGCCGACCUCCGCUUCGGCGUCAAGAACAACGUCGACAUGGUCUUCGCCUCCUUCAUCCGCCGCGGCGAGGACAUCACCGCCAUCCGCGAGGUCCUCGGCGAGGACGGAAAGCACAUCCAGAUCAUCGCCAAGAUCGAGAACCGCCAGGGCCUCAACAACUUCGCCGAGAUCCUCAAGGAGACCGACGGCGUCAUGGUCGCCCGCGGUGACCUGGGUAUCGAGAUCCCCGCCGCCGAGGUCUUCGCCGCCCAGAAGAAGAUGAUCGCAAUGUGCAACAUGGCCGGUAAGCCCGUCAUCUGCGCAACCCAGAUGCUCGAGUCCAUGAUCUACAACCCGCGCCCCACGCGCGCCGAGAUCUCCGACGUCGGCAACGCCGUCACCGACGGCGCAGACUGCGUCAUGCUCUCCGGCGAGACGGCCAAGGGCUCCUACCCCGUCGCCGCCGUCACCGAGAUGCACGAGACCUGCCUCAAGGCCGAGAACACAAUCGCAUACAUCGCCCACUUCGAGGAGAUGUGCAACCUCGCCGUGCGCCCUACCGCCGUCGUCGAGUCCGUCGCCAUGGCCGCUGUCCGCACCUCCCUCGACAUCAACGCCGGCGCCAUCCUCGUCCUCUCCACCUCCGGUGACUCCGCGAGGUACCUCUCCAAGUACCGCCCCGUCUGCCCCAUCUUCAUGGUCACCCGCAACGCGUCGGCCAGCCGCUUCGGUCAUCUGUACCGUGGUGUCUACCCCUUCCUUUUCAACGAGGAGAAGCCCGAUUUCUCAAAGGUCAACUGGCAAGAGGACGUCGAUCGCCGCAUCAAGUGGGGUAUCGCCGAGGCUUUCAAGCUGGGCGUUCUCACCGAGGGCGAGAGCGUCGUCGUCGUUCAGGGAUGGAAGGGUGGUAUGGGUCACACUAACACCCUCCGCGUCAUCCAGGCAAGCGAGAGCCUCGGUCUUGCACAGAACUAGAUUUACGCCGCCGCGCGCGCUUUUUAAGAAAAAUGAGAAAAUGAUAUGGGAUGGGAUGGGAUGGGAUGGGGAUAUAAAAUGAAUAAGAAAGACCAAGCCGUGGGUACGCCGCGGGUGGGGGGACCUGAUAGGUCGGGUCGCGCGAGGGGAUUAUGGGAUGGAUAUGGAUAGAUGAUGAAUGUAGGGUGGAUUAGAGUGAGCGCGGUGCAUAGGAUAGCGUGGGGGAUAAUAGACUUCUUCUUUACUUUCAA